CACGUAUUCGCAGAUUGCACAGACGAGUUGUAUGUACAUGUGUUACUUAUAUCUGAUAGUGAAGCCGGGCGCACCACGUUUCAUUUUCUGUUAAAAUUUCAAGAAAAUCAAAAAUGCUGACGAGAUCAUUGAGUCGCAACUGUACCGCACAUUUUACAAUUUGGAAAAAUGUUGCCGCUCCGAUGACUUGCCUACACCGUUUUAUCGAUAUGCAACAGUAUCGGCAUAAAUCUAAACGUGUAAAAAGUCCAAUUAUUGGUAUAGAUCUUGGAACUAGUUUUUCUCGAGUAGCAUUGAUGGAGGGCAAGCAACCUAAAGUUAUAACAAAUAAAGGAUUGAAAAUGACUCCUUCUACAGUUGCAGUUACAAAAGAUGGUAAUUUGGUUGGCAUCUCUGCAAAAGGCCAAGCAGGCAAGAAUAUUUCCAACACAUUUUACCCAACAAAACGGAUAAUUGGAAAAAGAUACGAAGACCCCUAUACUAAUAAAGAUGAAAAAAAUUGCGUCAAAUUAUUUAAAAACAUUUAUGAUGGGGAAACACUGCUUAAAUGUGCUGAUGGGACAAGAUUUUUUCCCAUUACUAUCGCAGCCAACAUAUUAAAAAAGAUGAAAAACAUUGCUUCAAGUUAUUUAAAAACACCUGUCAAAAAUGCAAUUGUUACCAUACCCAGUUUUUAUGACGAAUCUGAGCGAAGAUUAAUAAUGCAAGCUGGCUCCCUAGCUGGGUUAAAUAUUUUACAAUUGAUUAAUGAUACAACGGCAGCUGCUCUUACUUAUCACAGGACGAACCAAAAAGAUAAAACUAUUGUUGUUUAUGAUUUCGGUGGAGGGUCCUGUAAAAUAUCCGUAAUAAAAAUUCAUCGCAAUGUCCCUCAUGUUAUAUCUGUAAUUGGAAAUUCUUGGUUAGGUGGAGAAGAUUUUGAUAACGCCAUAAUUGACUAUCUUGCAUUUGAGUUCAAAGAAAAGCAAGGUAUAGAUGUAACUAAAGAUGCAAUGGCAAUGAAAAGAUUGAAAGAAGUUGCAGAAAAAGCUAAGAUAAAAUUAUCAAGCUUCCUUCGAACAGAUAUAAACUUUCCCAACCUUACUAUGGACUCUAGUGGACCAAAACAUUUAAAACUUAAAUUAUCGAGAUGUAAAUUUGAAAAUCUCGUAGAUAAUUUAAUUAAACAAAGUGUUCAACUUUGUGAAAAAGCACUUUCUGAUGCCAAAGUAACGAAAUUGGAUAUUGAAGAAGUUUUAAUUGUUGGUGGUAUGACGAGGGUACCUAAAGUACAAGGUCUUUUUUAAUUUUUUUUUGAACAUCUUUUCAAUUUUUCUUGUUUCAAGCCCAAGAGUUCUUGUAAAAACUGUAAAAAGAAUCUAGUACAACGCAAAUCAACGACUGAUAAAAGAAUGAUUACCUUAUGCAGUUGAAAUCACAAUCCUCAUAGAAAAUAAAAUCGACUGUCGAGUAUGUAGUUAUUAUAAACUAGGAAUAUUUUACUACCUACGCAGCAGUUACUACCAGCGGAUUACACAGUAGAUAUUGUACGUAUCACUGUGAUUAUCACUGAGGAUAUUACUAUUCUUGUAAUAAAAAUUACUUUUUUGAAAGUUGUGAAAGUAUGUAAUAUGUACAUAAGGAGAUGCUGGCGGUGUUAGUUUUACCGAUCGAUAGGAUGUGUGCAUGCGAUAUGGAUAAUAAUAAAUAUCAAUAUAUCUCUUCAUAGAAGCUAAUUCCGAUGGAAAAAUAUGCUUGCUUUCUACGUACAUACAAAUAAGUAAAACUUUUAUGUGUAGCAAACGAAUCGAUCGCAGAAAUCGAUGACAAAGAAUUAUAAUUAUAAUUGUCUAAUUUUUUAUCGUUUUUUUACAUGAAAUUGUUGAUUUCGCCAUGUGUUAUUGCAAAAAAGCUUUAUAAUUCUGUGUAAUUAAUAAAAAGAUUUCUAUGUCUGGAGAGAA